GUUACUCGAGCCGUUAAUAUGUUGAACCGCGUGCCGCGCGUCAAAUUUGUCUCCGCUCAAGUGCAUACUUACUCAGCUUCCUAAGUAAACUGCGCUAUCAUUAGUGGUGUUCGGAUCUGGCGGUGAACUGUUCUUUUGUCCGGUUGACGUCUUUCAAGCAUAAUUAGCAAGCAUGUAUCACUGCAAUCGAGUCUGGUGAUAAGAAACAACUGAUUUCCGAAAUACUUUUGAACAGCGCAUACAGAUUGGUGGUGGAAGAGUGAUAUAAAAUAUUAAAAUUGUGUGAUGUACAAGAAGAAAAAGAAAACUGAAUCGAAAAGCAUUGCUAGGCAAACGGAACCAAUGUAUUUAAAAGCGUAGUGCGCUUUGGAAAGCAACAGUGUCUAUCGUCUAGAUUAUGGAAAACUUCGGAUACAAGGAGGGAUCAACUAAAUCCAAGCCGCCCCGGAUCGCACGCGCGACAAGCGUGGUUGAGAAUGGCAUUACACCGUCAUCGUUGGCAUCGAGGUUCAAAACGUUGUCAACAAAUGGAAAUGUACGUUGGCGUAAUGAUCCCGAAGCGCUGGCCGGUGGAACCCUUCCGGGUGCUGAUUUCGAGUACAUGCAAGUUGGGCCGUCACCGCCGGCGGAAAGUGCCCCCAAUCUUUAUGACAGUUACGAAGAACCGAGUGCAGACGGCGCAACGCAGAUCUGUAGCGAAACAAUUCGAGUUUCUCUCAUGGAGCAACUUCGAUCUUCCGGUGGAAAAGCUAUUUUGCUGGAAGACAUCGAGCAUGGCAUAACAAACGCGGAUAACGUUCGGGAAGUGUAUCAGGCAGCCUCCACGGUGGAGAAGAAUAUAAGCUUCCUGUGGGCGGCUUAUCUGAACCGUCUCGAUCUACUGGAAGGGUUGAUAGACAGUGGAGCGGAGCUUAUGUAUUUUGAUAGUAAUGGGUUAACGGCUUUACAUUUGAGCACGUUCAGUGGUUGUGUAGAUUGUACAAAUUUUCUUAUCAAGAAGGGCGUUGAGGUAAACGUUCAGCCCAAAUGGUUCACUCCAUUGCAUUGUGCUGCCUUCGGUAACUCUGUAGAGACUGCAAAAAUGUUGAUCAACAAUGGUGCAAGUUUGGACAUUCCAACGAACAAACAUAACUGUGAAGAAUCACUACUUCACUGUGCUGUGCGGUCGAACGCGGUGGAUUGCGUGCGGUUGUUUAUAGCUGAAGGCAUGGAUGUAAAUUUAUUAGAUAAAAAUGGUAGCAAUCCCAUACAUUUAGCAUCUGAUUUGGGGCAUACACAUUGUCUGCAGGCUCUGCUCGAGAGUUCAAACGCCGAUCCCAAUAUGAGAAUCCAACUCAGAGAUAAGGAAACAACUGCGUUGCAUUUGGCUGCUGAUGAAGGAAAUUUAGAGUGUGUCACAUUACUUUUGUCUAAAGGUGCCGAUGCGAAGGCUAAAAACCAUAGAGGAUUUACACCGCUACAUUUGGCAGCACGGGCAGCCAGCGCGGAGUGCGUGGAAGCAUUACUAAGGAUAGGUAACGCAGAUCCAAACGCUGAAGAUGCUGAUCAUCGAACUCCCUUGCAUGCAGCAGUAGGUAAAUCAGAUUCGGCAUUUGAUAUUUUAGAAAUCCUUAUUUCAUGGGGUGCCAACGUAAACCACAAAGAUGUUUACGGUUUUACAGCACUGCAUCUGGCUGCACUGGAUGGAUUGGCACAUUGUGUUGAAAUGUUGCUAUUUCAUGGAGCAGACGUUACGACUAAAUCGAAAAAGGGAACAUCCGCUUUGAAUGUUAUUACAAGAAAAACGCCCGCCUCUAUGGCAAUGAUAAAUCACAAAUUGGAUGCUGCCAUUACGCUGAUUCAUUCACAAGACUCCUCUAAUCGAGAGAUUGAGCUCGAAUUGGAUUUCAGGAGCAUCCUUCAACAUUGCCAUCCACGUGAAAUUAGCUAUCUAAAUACAUUUGUCGACGAAGGGCAGAAGGAAAUUUUGCAACACCCACUAUGCUCGGCGUUUCUCUAUAUCAAAUGGGGAAAAAUAAGGAAGUAUUAUAUUGCUCGUCUGCUGUUUUGUUUCACCUUUGUGUUAUUUCUGACACUCUACGUGCUAACUGCUCUGGCACACAAUUGCUACAAUGGCAGUAAAGACAUGAUAGAGACUAUUCAAGAGCAGGAACUAUGUCAGAAACAAUCAAUUUUAGGUGAUAUGCUUCGAAAUAAUCCGUUCGUCAUGGAGAUGCAGUGGAUGGUGCUCGUUGCUAUCACCAUAGUCGAAAUCUGUCGGAAAAUAUACGGUAUCACCGGAUAUACAUCUUUUCGACACUACGUCACACAGGCGGAAAAUGCUAUUGAAUGGUUCAUUAUUGUCAGCGUUUUUGUUAUAUCAUACAUCUAUACCAAGCGGACGUACACCUGGCAGAAUCACAUUGGUGCAUUCGCUGUGCUACUCGGGUGGACAAAUCUGAUGCUGAUGAUAGGUCAACUGCCAGUGUUUGGGGCAUAUGUGGCCAUGUAUCGGAAAGUGCAGGUGGAAUUUGCAAAACUCUUUAUGGCUUAUUCAUGCAUGCUGAUUGGCUUCACAAUUAGUUUUUGUGUAAUUUUUCCGUCCUCAUCGUCGUUUGCCAAUCCGUUCAUGGGAUUCAUCACUGUACUAGUGAUGAUGACAGGAGAACAGGAUUUGGAUUUGCUGAUUAAUGAUCCCGACGGCAAAGACCCGCCUUUCCUGCUGGAAAUUAGCGCCCAGAUAACUUUCGUCUUGUUUCUCCUAUUUGUAACGGUUAUUCUGAUGAAUCUUUUGAUUGGUAUUGCUGUUCACGACAUUCAGGGUCUUAAAAAGACAGCCGGCUUAUCCAAGCUGGUUAGACAAACCAAACUGAUUUCGUACAUCGAAUCGGCACUAUUCAACGGCUGGCUACCAAACUGGCUGCGAAGUUUGCUACAUUAUACCGCUCUAGUAUCACCUCAAGCCUAUCGGGUAGUCCUCAGCGUGAAACCGUUGAACCCUGGCGAAAAACGUCUCCCCAGAGAUAUUAUGAUGGCCGCUUAUGAGGUUGCCAAACAACGAAAACACCUUGGAACCACCAUAUCAAACCGAAAUUCGACCGUGACGUUCUUUAACUUUAAAAAUAAAUUUGAAUCAUCGACCAGCACAAGUGCAGUGGCGAUGGAUCGUUCCGCCGAUUCCGAUUGCGGCUUUGAAACGGCCAGCAUCUGUACGCUGACGACAAAAAUCGAUGAGAAUGCUGAAAAAAUCGAGCUAUUGAAACACGAAAUUCGCGAUCUGAAGGGAACCUUGCUACAGAACCAGCACGUGCUAGAACAAUUGCUAGGCAUACUGACAGUGAAACAACAACAGCAGCAACUGCACAGAUCCGCAACGGAAAAGAGUAUUAAAAUUAAAAAUCAUGAAUAGAACGCUCUACGGCUGUGAACUACGCCUGACUUCGCCGUUGCUAGCGACUGAUGCAGUGACCGAAUGAAUGUGUAAAUGAAAAGAGAUGUUUUAAUUACGAUAAGAUAAAGACAGCACUAUUUACCGGGACCCGUGCGGUACGGCCGGGAUCGCAUUAGGUUGUAUGAUUGCUCCGACCCAACAUUAUCAAAAUUUAAAUGGAGGUCAUUUUUAGUAUUUUUUUUUCUACGGAAAUACAUCCGCUGUUCCGAGGUGCUAGAUAGAUCUGAAAUGUAUAACAUUUUUGGCAUGAUAGUGUAUUGAUUUUUGAAUUCAUUUGCUGUUAGCUUGAGUUAAUUAUUGAGAAAGAGGAAGAGCAUCGAAAACUCAUUCAGUGUGAUUGGAGUAAAAUGAAAUCUGGUCAUGUACGGUCUUGUGAUACAAUUAGAAAAAUGUUGUAGUUUUUCUUUAAUUUAGUAGUAAAUAUAAUUUACUAAUUGAUUUCUUUAAGAAACAACAUAAAACAUAUGUGCCUUGUUACCAAUUUUGAUGUAUUUUUUUAUUUGUAUGUAAUAAAAGAAACUUUUAAUUAAA